CUCUGCUUCCACGGCAUUCAGGGCUUCGGUUUCGGCCUCUACAUUGCCAGGUACCAGGAGUGGAUCGCAGAGAGCGGCGGCUGCUUCCACGACAGCGAGCGCGGCCUAGGAUGUGCAUUCCCUCGGAAGGCGCGCAAGAUCGAGAGCUGGGACCAGAUCUUCAUCGAGUACGAGACGCAGACCUUCUACACGGCAGCGGACUGGGUGGACCCGUGCAAGCAAUUCUGGAAGUGCAACCAGACGGAUGAGGACUGGGGGCUCGGGGAGGUGGGGUUCGCCAUCCCAAAGCUAAGGCCGGACCUCACGUUCGACGACGCGCGGUUCGACGCGAAGUACCAGGAAACGCACACCGUGAGCGACAAUUUCAGCCAGCAGAGGAGCGUGCCGCGGCCAAUCCAAGCCGGCAGCGAUCCAGCGGCAGCCGCGGCCAACGGCGGCAACCAGGAGGUGAAGCAGGAGCAGGAGGCCUGUGACCGGACCGAGACAGCUCUUGUGCAGGAGACGAUCGAGACGGCGAUCGGAGCUAAGCAGGCAGUGAACAUCCAAGCCCAGUGGCAGCAUCGGCUCAUCCUCAGGCAGCUGAAUCUAGGCCCAGGCUCGGUGGUGGUAAUAGGCUCGGUCUACAUGACGCACAGCAUGGGCAUCGUGGACGACAACGAGGUGCUCGCUACCUUCAAGCAUGAAAUGAAGGCCCUGGACGAUGCCCCGCUCGACCCGCACACACCUGUGACGGUGGAGUUUGAAGGCCCGUGGCACAGGCCCUACGUGCGGGAGCAGUUGAGCUUCGACGACAAGAUCAAGCAGCGGCACCAGGCGGCGGAGAGGCAAGCCUGCACGAUCUUCGACAUCCCGAGCGACAAGGAAGGGGACUCCUGCGGCAGGGCGAAGGGCCUCAAGAGGCGCAGAGCAGCCAUGCUCGACAAGGUCCAGGAGCUCACGACCUACACCGACACGUGCGACACGAUGGCCUGGAGAUCGUUUGCCAGGAUGUUGGGGGGGGGGCUCUGCGGCUGGGCACCAGGCCAGCAGACCGCCGAUCCCACCGGCCUGGCGGCGGUGGCUUGGCGGCCCAAGAAGCAGUUCAGGGAGCAGCAUCGCCGAGGGCUGGAAGCGAAGCUGCAGGAGCUACCCGAUCCCAUCACGUCCACGGAGGUGCUGGAGACCAAGGAUGCGGCGGCCAAGUACCAGGACUGGAAGUCCUUCUGCACGAAGGCGCUCGCCGGCAACUGCAAGAUCGCCCACGCAGUCAUCGAGCCUCGGCUACGAGAAGACACGCCAGCACUUCCAGCAGCGGAGCAGAUCCUGGACGAUUGGAACCUGCUGCGAGUGGCAGAGUCCAGGCAGAACGACCCACACCCAGCGACCUGGAAGGCCGAGUGGAAGCUGAACCCCGUUUUGGCGGAGGACUUCCUGGGAGUGCUGCCGUCCUUCCCCAGCAAGACGGCGCUGGGCCGGGACUCCCUACAUCCUCGGCCCUUCGGGAAGAUGCCCAGGGAGAUCCUUCAGCGAGCGGCCGACAUCCUCAGCAGCCGGGAGCAGCAGGCAGAGGCUUCGCCCCUGCCGACGAUCACCCAUGCUUCCCUGCCGAGACCGACGGGCGGCACGCGCCCGAUCGGCCUGAGGUGCACGCUGGCACGCCCUGUGGAGCAGGAUCCGCCAGCGCACGGCCCGACAGUGGGAGCAGGGUGUCGAUGCUUCACGGUCCUGGGGGCAGGGCACGGCGACAGCAGCACGCCGAGCCAGCUGCGUGCACAGCCUGCCUCUGUGCUGUGCCAGGGCAAGAGUGGCCCCACGGAGGCCAGCGGCACCAUCGUGGCGGGACGCAGCUGUGCGACGGGGAUCUCCAAGUUGAUGAUGCUGGCGCUGCUCAGGGACAUGGCCACCUCCAUCCCUCCCUGCCGCAGCAUCAACCUCAUAGAUGACCUCACCUCGCACGUGGUAGGCGGGCACCCCACCUCGGUCAGGCACUCCAUCCAGGCUCACAGGAAGGUUGCCCGGUACAUGGCCCAGGUUCACCUCCCCAUCAACUGGGGCAAGACCAGGUUCAUGACCUCCAACCCCAAGGCCCUGCAGGUGUUCCUUGAGGACCCCGACUGGGACUUGACCUUGGACCAGCACGUGGAUGCUCACAAGGAUCUCGGAGGGGACUCCAGUAACGGGAAACAGCGCAGGCCCCCCACAGUGCUCCAGAGGGCUUCCGAGGCCAAGAAGAUGACCAGCAAGUUAUCUCGUCUGGGAACGGGGGCGGCGAUUUCAAGGGUUUGCAGAACGGGGCCUCUGGCAAAGGCCAUCUGGGGAUCGUCAAUCAACGGCCUCGCGGACACGGCCAUCAGGAAGCUACGAGUUCAGGCGGCCACAGCAGCUGGGCCCGUUCAUCCAGGAUGUGCUCUCGGUUUCCGUUUCCUGCUCGACCGCUUCUUGGCCAGGAAGGACCCCCUCGAAGUCACCACGGUCCAAGUGGCCAAGGAUUUCGUAAAUAUAAUUUGUAACCGCCAGGUGUCUUGGGAUGUGAUCCAGGCCAGCUCCCAGGACGGCCUCGAGGUUCUCCGCUCUCGCAAUCGCUGGCUCAAGGUGAAGCACCCCAUCGCAGCGUUGACGGUCAGCCUCGACAGGAUAGGCUAG